AUGGAUGCCUUUCUUUUCGCGACAACUCUCGCCUUGGCUUGGCUCCCCGCGCAUUUGCACAUUACCAAAUCGGAUUGGCCCCAGCUUUGCACAUGGAUCAGCCACUGGCUGAGGCCACUGCAAAAGGAUCAGCAGAAAGAGCAGCGAGUGGAGGAGGAGAUGAUGAAAGUGCGGCAGAGAAACUACAAGUUGCUGACUCGGUGGUUUUCUCACUUGAGCAUGGUGGUGAUUUUUGUUCUCAUCCACGACGCCAUCGCUGCCCCGCGCUUCAACACGAUUUGCCCAGCCAUUUGUUGGGGCGUGGGCUAUCUGCAGCACUUGCUGGUGGGGGGUGCGUGGGUGGACUUGACCCCACGACGGCUGACGUUCUUGAGCUACUUCUUGCAUGGGAUGUUGCUGACUAUUUACUCCAGUGAGGCGGCCACAGCUGCGAACGCUGCAAUCUCGGGGUCGUUGGACUUGUGCCAUUUUGCCUUCAAGCAAGGCUUUUAUACAACUAUACGCUUUGUCCUAAUCUUCGGAUUGCUCGACCCCUGGACCUCUGUCCCUUUCCAGUUGCUCUUCACCAUCGCAGAAGUUCUGGCCUACCUGGUGGUCUUCGGCUCGAAGGUGCCUGUGGGUUUGCUGUGCUUCGGUGAAGUUUUCAUCUUCAUGGUGGGUGUGAUCUCCUCGAUUUUCAUUGACAUGGUCCUGCGCGAGCGGAUCUAUGCGAUGCUCGACACUGCAGACGCGGAGUCCUUAAUUUGCGGCUUCCGGCGGGUCUUGCGGGGACUGUGCGAUGGUGAGGUGCUGCUGGACAGUCACAUGACCGUAAGACUGGCAUGGGCCUCCACAACGCCUCCACAACGUCCCACUCUCCACAACGCCGGUUUCGCGAUCAGCGCCUUACUGUUACUGAGGACAAUCGCCCAGGAAAGUGAAUGCUUGAAACACUUGAUUUUGACUGAUGUGAGCCUCAAAGGGAGGUGCUUUGGGCAGUUGUUGGCGGAUGAGGAACGCGCUCGCUUUGACGAAUUUGUAGACUCCUCCACCAACGCAUUUGGCUUGCCCGAAUCCAAGCAUUCAGCUCCUCCUUUUUGCUCACGGGUCUCUUUCCGUGGAUCGGCGGGCAUCCGAGUGGCGGCAGAUGUCUACCAUGUGCCGGUGCCAGGGCUAUUCGGCGCCAGCGAACCACAUCACCUCAUCGCCUUCAAGGAGGACACUGAAUCGCGUCCACAGCCGGAAGCUGGAGAAGGUUCUAUUCCUGCAGAACUCCUGCAUCGCAUCAGCCCUUUGCAGUGCCGACCGCCCGACACGGCUUCUGCCUCGGGGAGCAGCAGAGCUUCGAACUUGGAGACAUGUCGAGAACUUUGUGAGAUGACGUUGCUGAUCAAUGCAGAGACCGAACCGCAAGAUGUGGAAGAGGCGCAUUUGAGGUAUCGGCGUGAUGAGGAGCCCGCCGACAUUGCCACAGCCUUGCAGUCUGGUAUGCCCAGCUUGCGAAAGAUGGUGAAGCCUACAGAUUGGGAGAAGAUGCGAUCCAGCGUGGUGAGAUUUGCAGAGAGGGCCUCGCAUGAUCCGAGGAUCCAACCCAAAGUCAUAAAGCGAAUGACCUUGGAGUGGCCUGGAAGCGGGCGGCUCAUGGCAGAAGAGGCUUUCAUCAAGAGGGCCGGCACAGAGCCGAAGGUCUGGUUGCACGUGACCAAAUUGCAUCCCGAACGGCGACGGGCACGGCCGGUGGUUUUGGAGGGCAUUGAGGAGAUCGGGGCACCAAACUGCACCGGCAGGACACAUCGUCCUUGA